UUAAUAUUUUUGGCGGGAAGUGGAAAAUGAGAUUAAAUGUCAAAAUAAAAUAAAUGUGUCUUUGUUAGUGUUUGGUUACUACUUGUAAUCUUUUCAAAAUUAUUUCAUUCUCAAGCUCACAGCAAAACUUGUCGCGAAUCGCUCGGAAAUGAAGAAUGUUUCUUCAUUGAAAUCAAACAAAAUUGAUUCUCCCAAAACACCUGGAGGAAUAAGUAAGUCUCUUCUUACUCCUUGCCGAAGAGUAGGGCUCUCUCGAAAUUGGAGAAAAGGAGGACCGUCACCUUUCGUGUCUCCAAUACCAGGCACUGAAACGACUGAGCAGGAUGUACAGGCCAAACGAAAAAUUGAAGAUGUAGAUUCAAGUGCCAUUUGUGAUGUAAACACUACUCCUAUUCGUAAUGUUGAAUUUCAAAGAAGAAAGAAGUCAAAGAUAUUAAACGUGCAGCCUGAACCAACAUCUCCAGUUCCUACUAUCAGUGAUCUACACGAAACAACCUCAAAAAAUGUAUCAACUGAAGUGAUUCAUGAUGACAAAUUACCAGCUGUUGCUGCAUUGAAAGCUAAAAGUAGAAUAAGUGUUCCAAAAUCUCCAAAAGAAAUAUCUACUGAAAAUACUCCCAUUCAAACUUCUACAAUAGAAGCCGAUAUUAAAGAAAUCACAGAAAUAACUCCUAUAGUUAAAUCUAAAAGCAAAAGUAGAAAGUUUACUUCACCAUCGGCCAAAAAUAUCAAACUGGUAUCUGAUCAACCUAACCAUAGUGUGAAAGAUAAAGUAGCAAAACUAAAUAGUAAGAAUAAGUCAGUAAAACUAGAAGAGGAUAAGAAAAGAAGUCCUGAUAAUCUGACAAAAGAGUGCAUAGUGGUUAUACAGAAGAAACUUUUUAAAGGUCAAGUUUUAGCAUCCGAUACAAAUGAAAAAGAACAACAAGAUACCUUGCAGACAAUAGACUCUGAUUCAGAUGAUCUCCCUUUGUGUCAGUUGAAAGAUAAUGAAGUCAUUGCGAAUGUUCUUGUAGAAAAACAAGAGAGCCCUGUGAAACACAAAGUAGAAAAUUUGCAAAUACAACCUAGAAUAUUAACAUUAGACGAUGAUGAUGAUUUUAUGGAAGAUAAUAAAAUGAAAGUAAGAAAACUAGAAGAUAAGACCACAUCCACCACUAGCUUGAAGCAAAAAUUGAAGCAUAAACCAAAAGAGAAUAAAAUACCUGUAACAAUUAUAAUUAAAGAGCCACAAACAUCAUCACAAAGUUCCGAAGAUGAUGACUUUGAUUUCAAUCAAAAAAGAACAAUAUUAAUUAGAAAAUCCUAUGAUAAAGUUACGAAACCAACAAAAGCAAAAUCUACCGGUUCUAUAUCGCAAAAAGAUAUUGAUGAAUUGAAGUCUCGAAUUGAGGUUAAAAAGAAAUUGCUUCUGGCCAAAGCUAUGAACAAGGACACGGAAGAAUUGAGAGGACUUAUAAAGAAAUGGCAGAAAGGAUGCCAAGAUGCUCUGACAGAGUUGGUAGAAAUAAUGAGAAGUAAGUUUCCAGAUAAACAGAGUAUGGAGUUUUCGGAAGUGUUGAAAACUCUGAAAAUCCCUUGUAAUUUGGUUGGGUAUGACGAGGACAAUGAUUGUUUUAAUACUCCAGACGAUGAGAGCAUAGUUCUGGCUAAGUUCAAUGAUUUAUAAUUUCUAUAUGUUAUUAAUAAAUAAAUGUCUAAAAUUGUU